AUGAUCCCGGCACUUAACAUAAGCAAAAUUGCUGACUCCAGCGGUAAGUCUGGAGACCAUAUUACAGGGAAUGGAAAUGCGGUGGACAUUGCGCGACUGCAGGCGGAGAUACAGUCGUCCACGCCCUUGCGUAAUCGCAAUGCUGCGAGGAUCGUGCCUCGUGCCGCCCGGGACUCCUCUCCCGGCUGGGCCCCACGCACGGGCAUCUCCUCCACCCUAGAAGAUGGUGGCAAUAGUGCUGAACUACGCCGCCGCGCUGAAGAGGUGAGUUCUGUGUUGGGCAUAAAUGCCCUUCAGGUUCAAGACGUCCACGUGCUGCAGUGUAAGGCCAUCGAGGUUGCGGAGCGUCUGCUUCGCAUGGAAGAGUGGUACAAUGGGCAGUUGCAGGAACGCAGCGCAUACCUGGAGCAUCGCAUGUCGCAGUUGGCUGCAGCAGCAGCAGGCGGUCAGUCUGCGCUGUCGGCGGCGGAUAAGUGGGUAGCACCAACAACGAUACGUAGUCGACAGGGCCCAAACACCACAGCAACGGUGCUGGGUCGUUCCACAAUGAAUGUGGCCAGCAGAUCACCCACCCGCCAUGGUGCCUCCACCCCUGUUGCUCCUUCUGCUUCUGCUUCCCAGGCCGGCUACCCGAGCACGCGGACCCCUGACAGUUCCCGUCUCCGUCUCUCGCAGCACCACCACAGUCACCAGCGACAGGCCGUGCCACUGACAAGCAACUGUUUGCAUCCACCUGCUCAUGAAUCAUCAUUUUCCACAGGGGUAUCAGGCGUAUUACGACACACACCCACUAGCAAGCGCCAAAGCAAGGACACUGCGAUCAGUGGAUGUAGUGCAGGGUCAUUCAAAGCAACAGGGGGAGAACGGCAUAAGCUGCGUAGCUCAAGUCUGACCAUCAGUCGUGGGUCGAGGGGGAGCAGCGACGCGGGAGCGGAGGAGCUUCUUGUUGAAGAUGCAACAAAACGGACAAAGAAACGACGUAGCCUUGGGUCAUCCACGAUACUUGGGAUGGCGAUGGGGAGCACCACCCCGAAGCGCAUACGCCCUUCCUCCGGUAGAUUGGGAUACUUGUCCGAGACAACAAAAAGAGUGUAG